AUGAAAAGUGUGUUGCCUAUGCCUAUACCAACUCUUCAACACGAAAAUCACAAGGCGAUCUCGUCAUCAGCUUAUAGGAAAUUCCUUUGUGAUGUCUCCGCAACUGCCGUAUUCAAAGCAUUCAACCGCCCAGUGGAUGCUCCAUGUGAGAUCUCUGCGUUUCUUUGCUCUGAUAGUCUCCUUCUAGCCUCCAAGUGUUCCCAGCCUAAGUCUUCUACAGCUAGCAGCUCCAUUGGACAUAGUUCCAUCUCCAAAUGGAAUUCUAGAUACUCCUCCGGAAUCCCUUCAACUCCCCUUCAGCGACCAUCCGGAGUUUUUGAAACCCUUGCAAGACUACCACUGACUUUUCUCGGACUCAUUUCAUCAUCCAGUGCUUCCUAUUCUUCUACAUCCACUCCCCAAACGGACCUGGCAAUCCCAGUAGUCAAAAUCACUCCACCGCUACCGCAGAUAAUCUGCUCUUCCAGCUCUGGAAUAUCUUCCGCGGCGAGUACAGAAGAGGAAAUUGAAGGUGGAAGUGAAAACGGAUCAUCUGGUUGCGGAGGAGGGUCCUACGAACUCACUAAUGGAAUAGGUCUUUGGUGGCCACCAGGAAAUAGCUGUCAUCUGGGAUUGAGUACAGAAAAGAGAUCAUCCCAACAAUGGUUAACUCAUCUUCAAAUGAAUCUUGAACAAAUCCAGAACUGUUUCUCUAGUCAAAUCCUACGUGUCAAGGUCCUAAAUGAAAUCGCUCCUGAGAAGUGUGUUCACAAGUACAUUGCAUUAGGUCCAAGUAUCACCACUCUUGAGUUGAAGGAAAAGGCUCUAUCGGCAAUGAAUAUAGGCUGUCAGCCAAUGGAAGCCGAAAUUGUAGCCGCUUUUGGCGAACCAAAUAGGGGAAAUCUAGAGCUGCCCCUUUCAGAUGAAGAUCGACCCUUCCUUUUGGCGCUCUAUGUGACCACAUUGCUAUCUUGGUGUGAAAAAUUGCCCGAUGAGAUUAUCGAUUUCUUCGCUUUCGAUCAAGCUGAUCGAAUUUUCACCCCUCGGACUCUGUCCUUCCCCCUUCCACCAGAUCGGAUUCCAAUAACUUUCAUCAUUCGA